AUGCACAUCAAGCCCUGCCUCCCACAAUCAUUCGACCCUCACCAGUUUGCCUACAGGGCAAACCGCUCCACUGAGGAUGCUAUUGCCAUCACCCACCACUCAACACUGAGCCACCUCGAACACCCAGGUAACUAUAGAUGUGAUCCGAAGUUUGGCUCCUGGACCUGGGGCUGGUUUCUGGACCUGCAAAUGAUGGACGCGGACACAGGCUACAUUUCCAAUGGAGAGUGGGUGGGAAAGAUUUUGGGCCGUAAGAGUGAGCGUUUCUAUGGCUGAUGCAAGGAGCCCUACCCGGACAUAACCUCCGCUGUGGUGAUGGGGAGGAGCACGCUCUACUACAGCUUGAACCUGCUCAUCCCCUGCGUGCCCAUCUCCACGCUGGCAUCGCUGGUCGUCCUGGUGCCCGCAGACUCCGGCGAGAAGAUCUCCCUGGGGAUCACGGUUCUUCUCUCCCUCACCGUCUUCAUGCUGCUCAUGGCAGAGAUACCUGCCACCUCCGACUCAGUCCCUUUAAUAGGUAAAUAUUUUGCCACAACCAUGGUCAUCGUUGGGCUUUCAGUAACAGCAAAAGCCCACCAUCAUGACCCAGAUGGAGGCAAGAGGCCAAAAUGGACCUGUGUGGUCCUGCUGAAUUGGUGUGCCUGGUUCCUGCGUAUGAAGCGCCCCGGGACCAGGGUGCGCCCUGCCUGCCACAACAAGACCACGUGCAGUAGUCCGUCCAGUGUGGACCUCAAUGCCAGCUCCUCAUCCUCCCACCUGGCCACCAGCAACCCGCUCUACAUCGGCUUCAGGGGCCUGGAGACCAUGCCUCUCUCCACCACCACCAUGCCCCCCGACUCGGGGGUGGGCUGUGAACGCGGCGCCAGCCAGGUCGGGGAGGAGGAGGUGCUCCUCCCCGACGGCAAGAGGUCCCUCCUGGGCAGCCUGGAGCAAGAUUUGGGGAAAGAUCCUGGAAGGGGGGGGCACUACGUCGGCAAGCGCUUCCGAGACCAAGACGAGGAGGAGAUGCUGAGCAACGAGUGGUUUUUCCUUUGUGCAACGAGUGGAUGUUUGCUGCGUCUGUCAUAGACCGCCACCGUCUUACUAUUUACCAUCCUCUGCACCCUCGACCUCCUCAUGCCAGCGCCUAACUUUGUGGAGGCCAUUUCUAAGGAGUUCUUCAACUGA